UUAUUUAAUGAAAAAGUAAUUCAAAAUCAAAAUUGCAGUAUAUUUACUCGGGUUCAAUAUUCCUUUAAAAAAAUCACGAGGAAAUUCGACCGAAAUGGAAAUCCAGUUUUCGGGAAAGAGAGCUCUUGUCACAGGUGCAGGAAAAGGAAUUGGGAGAGCAAUAGCCAAGAAGCUAGUGGAAUGUGGAGCAGAAACAAUAGCUUUAAGUCGAACCCAAGCUGAUUUGGACAGCCUAAAAGCAGAGGUUCCUGGGAUGAUCACUGUUCAGUGUGACGUGGUGGAUUGGAAGGCUACUAGAAAAAGCAUUGAGGACCUGGGUCCCAUCCACCUGUUGGUUAACAAUGCUGGCAUCACACGGCUGAACAGCUUCCUAGAAUUCUCCAUGAAAGAUUUCGAAGACGUAUAUAAUGUCAACACCAAGGCCGUCUUCAACAUUUCUCAGGUGGUGGCUAAGGGGAUGGCGGAGAGAGGAGAUGGUGGCUCCAUUGUAAACCUCUCUAGCAUGGCAUCCACCCGAGCUUUAGACGACCACAUCGCAUACUGCUCCAGUAAAGCAGCAGUGGACUCGCUGACCAAAGUAAUGGCCCUGGAACUCGGCAAACACAAGAUCCGCGUAAACUCUGUCAAUCCGACAGUAACCUGGACAGAAAUGGCGGCGUAUGCUUGGAGUGACCCAGCAAAAUCAGGCCCCAUGUUGGCCAAAAUCCCAAUGGGGAAGUUUGUGGAAAUUGAGGAUGUGGUGAACAUUGUUUUGUUUCUACUGAGUGACAAGAGCGCUAUGACAUCCGGUCAGCACAUCAUGAUAGACGGGGGGAUGACUGCCUGCUGAGUGAUUAUUCACAAGAAAAGUCAAUGUUUUACUGGUCAAAAAACCUGUGAUCCGGGGCCACUAGGAACCCUCAAAUGACUGGCUGAUUAUGCAUGAUUAUCCAAAUCAGAGCCCGUGAUUGGUGAAUGAAUUAAGAAAGACAUGACCUACUGAUGACAAUAUCUGUGAUAUGUUUGAUCAUUUAUUUUUCAAAAUAAUGAUUGUUGAUCAGUUGAAUGAUACAAAAUGUGUAAAACAAUGCUAAUUUGACAUAAAAUCAUGUUAUUUCA